CCUCUUUUGCCCUCUUCAUUGCACCUCUUUCACCCUCUUCUCCUUCCAGCUCCGAUGCAGGCCAUUGCCACAUCUUUACCACGCUGCCUAUGUCAUCUCUAGCUUUCACCGUUCCUUGGUGGCAUCAUACACCCCUCCACCUGCAAGCAACGACGGCCACCCAACUUUCGCAGCCUAGACGCCGCCCUACUUCUGAUGCGUGCCCACACUCAAUCACAGGCAACCGACUGUUGUUUGAAUGGAGGAAGCUGUCCCAACCCAGGUCUGCUCCGUGUCCGGCAGACGAAGAUACCCGGUUCGAUCAGGGAGGCGGAGCAACAAGCCUCUGACAUCGCUGCAAGCCUCUGUACGCAUUUCGGGGUGGCGUGGGUUGCAUGGCUGGUUCUGGAAUGCUGCGCAUUGCGGCUCCGGAGUUACAGCCGUCCCUACUCCGCCGUAUGGCUAACCGUCAGCCUGCCGAAAAUCUUCACAGAACUGCCCAAUGGGCUCGUCCAUGGCCAUCCAACACCCCAGUACGUACUGGUACUGCCCGCUUCAGCUGCACGUCAGCUUGACGUGAACUACUUUGCAUUAACCGGGGCUGUGAAUGCAGCCUGGUCGGAAUAUGCAUCAUCGUACACAAAUAAGUACCAUACAGAGUGUGAAUACCGGUAUCACUUCAACUAUUAUUCAAAAGUCCGUUCCCAGCGCCCCUUCAAACAAACCCCCGUGGAGAUUCCAUCACAUGAUUCGAUAGCGAGCUUGCAGCCCCAGACCUGCAUGCUAUGGACCCAACUCUGCCACACGUCACCCUCGCACAUCACCCUACAGCUAAGUUAGAUAACGCCCGAAACUGCUCGACAAUCUUCCUUCGGUACCCCAAACCGCAACCCUCCAGCUUUGUUAGGCUCGAUGCGUUAACAGUCGCCAUUCAUCAUGACGUCGCAUUACCGAUCCGGGAACAGGCAGCGGUCGAGUGAGCGGCACAACUCUACCAUCGGGCCAGGUGCCCAACAGACUUACUUCAACGACGCAAGAGACAGCGGCAACACGAACG